AUGAAAGCAGCGUCAUCAGAACAAGGUCGUGGCAACAGUCUUCCCAAAUGCGAUCAAGAUUUACAGCCACCGAUCUGCGUCGACGACGAUGACCCGGUGGGAUGGGAAGAGUGGUACUUUCAGUACGCCAAGCAUCCCUUGUUUAGCGAACGCGAAGCGUAUUCCCUGUGUGCUCCCUUGCAAGGAACUGGCGUCCCCCGCUGGCUUGGCUCGGGAAGAUCCUCGCUCAUGGAUCACGGUCCGCGCGCAAUCACACCUCGCGCUUUCUUCCUGGAAGGGCGCGAGCGCAUUCGCGACGUCGAGAAUCGCCCAUCAGGAAACAUACUCUCCAGCUUCGCUACUCGCCCUACUAGGGCGGUCAUCGUUGACCAUGGGAGCUGCGGUGUACGCGACGACAAGUCCGACGAAGAGAGGACGGAGAUUGUGGAGUGUUGGCGAAACGUCAAAUGGGUGAAGCGACUACUUCGACGGGCACUAGGCGCGAAUGAUUUGGACACGUAUUUGGCAACAAAAUUGCAGAACGACGACGUGUGA